CUAGGUUCAGUCGUGGUCAAGAUACUCGUAGAGCUUGUAGAGCUGCAACUUAUCCUGAUAAUGAGUAACAUAACCACAUUCUUAACCGUUGCUGCAAUCUGGUUGUUCCUGCCGCUAAUAAUCUUGGCUUGGCUCCCAUUCUACCUGGCUCGCUGUGGCGUGAAAAUAUUGGCCAUGCUGUUACGACGAGACCUCAUUUCCAUGCUGGCACCGAUUGAUGGAAUAUUUUCUCACGAUGAAAUUCACACCUGUCCACUUAACGCGAUCAUAGGAAGCGUCGAACUGGAGGGAGACGUUGAUCUGGACUUGAUCCGGGAGACGAUGAGGACCAACGUGCUGGAAGCCAGGACGGAAUCGAACAAGUUGUUAUAUCCGGAACUGGGAUGGACUAUUGAGCACUGGUUGGGAUUUCCUUUUUGGAAGGAAGCCUCCCUAUUUCUGCAUGACCGGAUAUGGCUCCAUCCCUCUAAUAUGAGGGAUCAUGAAGUAGCCAAUUUUCAGACUCAACUAACUUUCAAACCUUUCAAGAUAAAUCAACCCUUGUGGGAAGUUGUGAUCGUGCGUAAAGCGAGUAGCUCCAUAUUCGAACUAAUGUUCCGAUUCCAUCACUCCGUUUCCGACGGUGCGGGAAUCCUUCAUAUGUUGGGGAAAAUGAGAAUACCUCAAGGUCCGGACGCCGUAUGGGAAAAACCUAGAAAAUCAGAGCACCUGUCGCUACUUCGAUACCUUUCGAUGCCAUACGACUAUGUGAAAACCCGCCGGGAAGUUUCCCGAACUGUUGGUCUAGUUCGGAACGAGAUGCGUUUCGACGACGAAUUAUCAUGUUCCGAAGCUGCUGCUCGCCUUCGUUUCCAUUCCAGCGGGUCCAUCCCGUUCAGCGUGAUUCGUAAGAUAGGAGAAAAAUAUAAUGUUGGCGGAGUGGCGGUCAUGCAUUCGGCAAUGUUGGGUGCGGUCCGAAUGUCGUGUUUUGCUAAGGGUGGCCCAAUUCCGGCAACUGUGGCGGUGGAGACAGCCAUCUUACCCCCGUGGGAGAGGGAACGUCCCCUCGGUAACCAUGUAACGCACGGCAUGUACGCUGCCCCCCUGGGGGAACUGGAUUCUCGGAAAAGGAUCCUUCGCACCCAGCAAGCAUUGACAGAGAUGAAACGAUCAACCUACUCUGUCACCGUGGCCCUCAUUGUGCAAGCCCUUGCCAGCCUUCCUCGUCCUAUUGUGGCCCAAAUUUACAGAAACGACAGCAAAGAGCAAAAAAUAUUUGUCGGAAAUCUCCCUGGUCCUGAAUAUUUGUCAAACUUUUGCGGAUACGUGGCCAAAAAUGUGACCGUGAGGGCAGGAUUUUAUGCCAGAUAUUCAGGACUUGGCGUGGGUCUAAUUUCUUUCGGGGGUAAUUUGAGAUUUGGCGUCAUUGCGAAUGACCACGUUCUCUCGAAACCUGGGCAAGCGGAGGAAAUAACGCGAUUGUUUUUGGCAGAGUUGGGCAACUUGGUCGAGUGAAAUUUGAAUUUUGGAAAAGGAACAUAGCCAUUUUUUCAAAUAUUGCCUAGUAAAAAUGUCACUUCGCGCUAUAGCAGAACCAAUACUGGUUAAAGGCAGGGCUGUUUAAUUACCUAUGAAAGUAAUUAAUUCUUAAUUCUUAAUUACUCAACAUGAAAAUAAAGUAAUUAUGUAUCAAUUACAAGUA